AUGCGUGUGUACCAUCCCCCAUGGAUCACAUCAGUCAACCUCCCUCCUUCUCUUCCCCCCAUCCUCUUCGCCUUCCACCGCAUUCCGCAAGCGUCACCCUGCCACCCAAUUCCUGCCACCCCUCUCCCCGCCACCCCACUCCCUGCGACCUCUCCAGGCGACUUCUACCCGCAUCGAUCCACCGCCGCCACUGGCGCGCCCGCUGCCGCCGGGGCAUCCGCCGAGCCCCGCCCCUGGUUGAGUGCGGCGUGCGCGUGGGCGGCGCCGUUCGCCCUGGGCGCCGUGGUGGGCGCCGUGGCGUGCUCGCUGCUGCUGCUGCCCCUCGCACUCGCGCCGCUGGACGCGCAGGGGGGAGACGAGGAGCUCCUACUGCAAUCACACGCGGACACGUGGCAGGAGGGGCAAGGGGCGUGGCAGGGGGGAGCGGCAGCAUCGUGGGAGCAGCCUGUGGUGCCCCACCCGCCUGCCACUGCUGCGAGCGGCGCACUGCCCUUGGCUCCCCUCGCUGCCCUUGACUCCGGCGGUGCAGCUGCCAGUGGUGGUGGUGCGGGUGAGAGCGAUGGUGACACGGAGGCAGCAGAGGUGUGGGCAGGAGAUGCUGCCAUGCGUCAUCUGCAAGGCAGGUGGGUGUCACGCAAGGCAGGUGGGUGUCACGCAAGGCAGGUGGGUGUCACGCACGCCUGCUACCCGCACGCACCUCUCGUCCCCUCGCCCACCUCCUGGCCCUGCACGCUCUUCCCCCCUUCUCUGCCAAUACCCUCAGCAGGCACUCAGCACGCACCAUGCACGCUGCACCCAGCAGUGCGCGCGCUGGUGGAGGCGAACGGGCAGGUGAUGCGGCAGCAGCGGCAGGCGGUGGCAGUGGCGGAGGAGGACGAGAGGGGCAUGCACGCCGUGCUCACUGCCGCCCUGCAGGAGCUGGAGAGGGAGCGUCUCAUGCCACAUGGCACCGUGUCAUUGGUGCAACCGGAAUCCCUGGCGGCGCUGGCAGAGGCAGUGAGGGCGAGGCAGGGGGAGGCAAGCAAGGCAGGCGCGGAGGGGCAGGCAGCAGGCGCCGCAGCAGGCGCAUUGCAGACAGCAGAGCAUGCGGUGGUUGGUGCAGUGGCAGCGGGGGGAGGGCAGACGGCGGACUUGCCAUCCCUUGUCAGCCAGGCACAGGCGGCUGGGCGCGUGGGGGGGCGCAUGGGGCAUGGUGCAGCAGGGGCGAGCGCAGGAGAGGGGCAGGGGAAGGUUGCAGCGGAUGGGGAGAUAUGGGGCGGUGGGGGGGAAGGGAUGAGGCGGUGCAUGGUGCUGCAGUGUGCGGUGGAGAGACAGCAGCGGGCAGUCGCUGCAGGUGCGUUGAGGGUCCCAACACACAGGGCGGGCUGGGCUGGCUUGGGGGAUGACCAUGGGAAACCACGUGUGGCAGAAGGAAGGCUGGCAUGUGCGUGUGGCAGUGGUGGCAUGUGCGUGUGGCAGUGGUGGCAUGUGCGUGUGGCAGUGGUGGCAUGUGCGUGUGGCAGUGGUGGCAUGUGCGUGUGGCAGUGGUGGCAUGUGCGUGUGGCAGUGGUGGCAUGUGCGUGUGGCAGUGGUGGCAUGUGCGUGUGGCAGUGGUGGCAUGUGCGUGUGGCAGUGGUGGCAUGUGCGUGUGGCAGUGGUGGCAUGUGCGUGUGGCAGUGGUGGCAUGUGCGUGUGGCAGUGGUGGCAUGUGCGUGUGGCAGUGGUGGCAUGACAGGCAUGCAUGCAUGCAGCACGUGCUCUGUACACUGCACUCCGUCCUGUCCCUCCCUUCUCCACUUCUCGCCCUCCCAUUCCCCCUCAUUCCUCUCUCGCCCCAUACCCCAUGCCCCGUGCGCGUUGCCCUCGUACCCCGUUAUGGCAGCGCGGGCGCGGGUGGAGGCGGAGCAGAGGGCGGGCAAGGCGUGGGCGGUGCUGCAGCGGCAGCAGCAGUGGGGCGAGGGCGAGGGCGCAGGCAGCGUGGCGGGGGAGGCGGUGCGCGCCGGCACAGUGGUGACAGUGGGGGAUGUGGAGGCCAACCUCACUGCCUCGCCCUCUGAUGCCCGUGGGCGUAUCUGUCCUUGUGUGCUUCAGUCAGCCCCAUCUGACAUCCCUUGUCACAUGCCAGGUUCUUCCCCAAUCGCCAUUCUUCCCUUCCCAUACCCCCCCUGCACCAUGCUACCCCCGUGCCCACAUGCCGCACCUCCCCCACCCCGGCCAGCGCACGUGGACUCCUUCCACCGCCUGCUGCUCUACCUGCGCCCGCUCUCCUCGCUCUUCUCGCUGCCCCUCGCUGCCCUCCUCUCCCCCAACGACACCCACCCACUCGCCCCUCGCCUGCAAUCCCUCAUCGACGCCACGUCAGCACGCCUGCAAGCCGCCUCUGCCAGCCUGGCGGCGGCCCAGUCAGCCUUGGAGUGGUCGGAGCGGCGGCUGUGGCUGCGGUGUGGCGUGAAGGCCGGGGCCACGGUGUGGGAGGAGCGGCACGACGGCGAGCUGCAGCGGUACAGAGCGGUGGCGGGGGCAGCGUUUGACAAGUGGUGUGUGGCGUGGGGAGAGGCUCGCCCCUCUCACCGCCUCACGGUUGCCCUCACUGCCCCGCCUCACCUCUGGUGGCGCGGCGGCUUGUGGGAUGGCGAGCAAGGAGCAGCUGGGGCGGAGGGUGGUGCUGCAAGCGAGAGAGGAGGGGGGGUGGAUGCAGGCAGUGCAGCAGGCGAGGGGGAGAGGGAUGCUCCCGAGAUCUCCUUUCUGCUGCUGGCAGAUCCAGGAGCAGCGCAGCCUGCGGUGGUAGCAGUGGCGCCAGAGCAGGUGGUGCAGCGUCUUCAUGCCUGCGCCUCCACACUGCCUCGCAUGCGCCCAGCAGCAGCAGCAGCAGCAACAUCAGCACCCAACCCCACCCCAGAUGCUGAAACUUCUCCUUCCAUUCCUCACAUGGGCCCUCCCCUAGCGGAGCUGCUGCUGCUGCUGCCACCCGUCAGCACCCACGCAGGGCAGCAGGGCGACGAGCAGGGCGAGGGGCAGCCAAGCGACAAACAAUGGGGCGAGGGGCAGCAGGCAGGUGGGGUGGAGGCGUGGCAAGCGGCGGGUCGCAGCAUUGACCCGCAGCUCAUGCUCGUGCUGCCGCUCGUGGCGCCUCAUGCUCAUGGUGCUGCCGUGCAGGUGAGCGGCGCAGAGGGUGGUGGCGGCGAGGCGGCAGAGGGCGGUGCGCGUGCAGCGGGGAUGGCCCCGAUGUCGGAGUGGGAGGGAUUCGAGCUGCUGGCCCGCGCAGCCACUGGCCGCCUGCUGCUCCUGCUGACGUGGCGGGACCUGCCAGCUGUGAUGCAUGGGGAGGGCGAGGAGGGGUGCGAGUGGCUGGAGCAGCUGACUGCAGGGAUGGCCGAGGAUGGGCGCAUGGGGGUGGUGGGCGUGCGGACAAGCAGAGUGGAGAGGGGCGUGGGGAGGGCAGAGGAGGAGAGGGGGGGCAGGCAAGGAGAAUUGGAGGGGGAGGUGGGUGGUGGGGCAGUGGUGGCAGCAAUGGCGCAGUGGGGUGUGGUGGGCAAGGAGGGAAAGGACGGGGCAGGUCUGAGUGGGAGUGGUGAUGCAGGCAAGGGGGCGGCAGGGGGCAGAGAGGAGGCAGGGAGGCGCCUCACAGGCUACGUGGACGGCACUCCCCUGCUUGUGCGCCGCCACGCCCUCAUGACACUUGGCGGGCUGGGAUUGGCUCCCGGAGCACCAGCUGCAGGCGCGGCAGCAGCAGUGGCAGGUUGGGCUCUGUGCACGCGCAUGUGGCUGGCUGGAUUCAGGGUGAGGGCAAUGCGCGCAUUCACGGGACACACUUUGGGGCCUUUUGGAUGA